AGCUCCCCGGAACACGCGUGGCUGGCCGCGCUUCCUGUAGCGGCCGGUCCUCGCCCAGCUUCCGGUUCCGGGUGGCGCCGUGUCCUGAGCAGGGUCGCGGAGCGGGCAGAACAAAGCUCCUUGUUCUCCGUUCCUUCAUGUUACCUUCUCGUUUCUCCUGUCCGGGGGAUUGUUCUGUGCAGGUGUGUGAAGACAACAGGACGCUCUCUGCGAGGCAGCAGCCUCUCCCUUUGCUGCAGGGAUGGGACACGGCAAUGAACACGGCCACGGCCAUGGCCACGGCAAAAUGGAGCUCCCUGACUACAGGCAGUGGAAGAUAGAGGGCACCCCGCUGGAGGAGGUCCAGAAAAGGCUGGCUAAGCGGGGUCUUAGGGAUCCGUGGGCUCGUAAUGAAGCCUGGAGAUUUAUGGGUGGCUUUGCAAAACCUGUCACCAUAACAGAAGUCUUUACUAGGGGACUCAAGUGGGGAUUUGCAGCUUUUGUCAUAGCUCUUGGCAUUGAAUAUACACUGUUUCCUCCAAAGAAAAGCGGAGGCCAUCACUGAAGAUCAAGUAUGACAACUUCAUACUUACUAAUCGUAAGCUGAAAUACACACAAGCCUGCUGCUCACCCUGUACUUACAAUAUGCAUAUUAAAGUCUAUCACAGGCAAAA